AUGGGGAAUAACUACUCUGAAGCUUUUAUAAAAGCUAUUUAUGAGAAUCCUACGGUGUACCAUUGGUGCAAUUACACCUCGGAAUUCUUGACAGCCCGGGGGUUUCAGUAUCUUCCUGAACGAGAGAAUUGGGAUGGAAAAAUAAAACGAGGUGGAAGCUACUAUACUACUCGGAAUGGCUCAUCAAUUGUGGCUUUUAAGAUUGGGUCGAAAUGGAAAUUGGGAGAUAAUGGUGUCGGCGUGAUUGGUUGUCAUAUCGAUGCCCUUACAGCUAAGAUUAAGCCCAUUUCCAAAAAGGCGUUUAAGCAAGGCUACCGUCAGCUGGGGGUGGCUCCAUAUUCUGGUGGUAUGUCCAGCGUUUGGUGGGACCGAGAUCUUAGUAUUGGCGGAAGGGUGAUUGUGAAAUCACAAGAUGGCUCGUUUUCGACUAAGCUCGCCCAUGUUGAACAUCCGAUAGCGAGAAUUCCUACUUUAGCGGAGCACUUUGGAAAACCUUCGGAGGGUCCGUUUAACAAGGAAACUCAAAUGACACCAAUUAUUGGGCAUGAGACCACUGACGAAGACAACGCUACUGACGAAGAAAAGAAGUCCCCGCUUUACGGGCGUCACGAUAUAAAAUUACUCAGAGCUAUUGCCCAAAAUGUCGGCGUUAGUGUCAGUGAACUUUAUCAGCUUGAACUCGAAUUAUUUGACUCCCAACCUGGCGCUCUGGGGGGUCUUGACAGAGAGUUUAUGUUUUGUCCUCGGUUAGAUGACAAGCUAUGCUCUUUUGGUGCCAUUCAGGCCCUCGUGGAGACUUCUGCUCCUUCUGAUGCGAUCAAUUGUGUGGCAUUGUUUGAUAAUGAAGAAAUUGGAUCGCUAUUGAGACAGGGCGCUAAAGGUGGUCUUUUCCAGCAUGCAAUUCAACGCGUGUUUCAACAAUUAGGUGAUUUUGAUGACGACUACUUGCGUCAAACAUUUGCCAAUUCAUUCUUUAUCUCAUCUGAUGUGACACAUGCUGUCAAUCCCAACUUCAGCGAUUCUUAUCUUGAAAAUCACAAACCAAAGCUCAACACUGGUUUAGUAGUCAAGUUGGAUCCCAAUGGACAUACAACUAGUGACGGAGUUUCUACGGCCUUUAUAGAGGAAGUAGCACGAAGAACUGGUAACAAACUUCAAUACUUCCAUAUUCGAAAUGAUGGCGUAUCAGGCGGUACCAUUGGACCUAUGUUUUCAUCUGCCACCGGAAUCCGUUCCGUUGAUGCGGGAAUCCCUCAGCUGUCCAUGCAUUCUAUCAGGGCAACUACUGGUUCGAGAGACCUGGAGCUUGGUGUAAAGAUGUACAGUGGAUUUUUCAACACUUGGACUUCCGUGGAUGCAGACUUUCGUAAGGGUGACAUUUAA